CAACAUCGAUUUAAGUUCCAGCUCUAUGAGGGAAGCAAAACAUUAUUAUUUUCGUCGUUUUUAUUUUUUGAUUAUAUAGAAAAGUCAGUGGUCGAGGAACAUGUGAAAGUGGAAAAGCGACAGAGCUUUUCAAGCAGAGUGUAAGUGCACACAGGUUGAACCCAAAAGCGACGCAUAUUUUUGCGAAAGUGCAAAGCAGACGGCGAGAGUGUGAAAAGGCAGCGAAAAGAGAAUAGAGAAAAAAUAUAGCAGCCAGUUUCUCGUGGGCGUGAGUGUGUGUGCGUGUGCCAUAUUGUUAAAUAAGGCAAAUAUAGUAAAACAAACGUAGAAAGAACAGCAACAACAAUGCAUCAGCAGUACCAACAGCAGCAGCAGCAGCAACAACAACAGCAGGGUAACCUUGUUGGCUACAACAACAAAAUGAACGUCUUGCCCAAUUACACGCUCAGCGGAAUGAGCUCCUUUGAUGCCGAAUCGCUGCCAGAUUAUUCAGAAUUUGAUUCCGAAUCGGUAACCCUGGACUAUUACAAGGAAAGUGUUCUACGUCCACCAGCGGAGAAAAUGGCGCCGACCACGACGAUUGAGACCAUCACAAUCACGAGGCCGCUGAAGGUGAUUGCAUUUAUCUGCGGCGUCAUCGUGGUGGCCCUCAUGAUUAUGGCCCUGGCGUCCACAGAUUGGUUAAUGGCCUCGGACUGGCGGCAAGGUCUCUUUGUGCACUGCAUCGAGGAUGAUUCGGUGCCGCCGCUGCCAUUCAAUAUCCAGGAUCCGCCAGGAUGCUACUGGACCCGCGAUGUCGGUUACAUCAAGGCCACAGCCGCUCUCUGCAUCAUCACGCUGAUAACGGACGUCAUUGCCACAGUACUGACAGGUCUGGGCCUCCGGACGCAGAACCAUAAUCUAAAGUAUAAGUUCUACCGUAUAGCAGUAUUGGUGAUGCUUGUAUCCUUGCUGGCCGUAUUGUCCGCCUUGAUCGUAUAUCCAGUAUGCUUUGCCGGCGAACUAACCAUGGCCAAUCGGCGAGUCUGGGAAUUUGGCUGGGCCUAUGGCGUCGGCUGGGGUGCGGCCAUCUUCCUGUUUGGGGCCGUUGUUCUGCUGCUCUGCGACAAGGAGUCGGAGGAGAUCUACUAUAAGGAAAGGAAAAUCGUACAUGAAAACCAAAUGCGCGCCUAGGCAAGGCCGCACGACCUGCCUGACGUCGUUCUGUAGAAUAAGUAUAUAGCAACCAACCGACAACACACACAGACACAUAGAUUUCGAUUUAAAUCAGACUCAAGAACAGAAGCAAUUUGCAGCUAAGCGAAUGUGUUACAAUUAUGAUUGUGUAUAUCAUGACCAUUUCAAACCAAAAAUCCGUAGCCAUCUUACACCCCACCCAACAUCUUAUAGUACUCGGCAUUUGUUUAGAUGACGUUUCCCCAAUGAGUUUAUUUUGCGUUCGUUCGUUUCGAAAGGUAAUCGUAGACAAGCCACAAACACACGACCCACAUCUAUCAUGUAGUCAGUCAGUCAGUCACAUGUAUGUACGUCUAGGAAUUCUGAAAGUUAAUCGCAUUAACCAAAAACCCUUACAUAUAUACAAUUGCAUGCCACAUGAGUUCCGCAGCAUUGUAGGCAACUUUUAGAGCUUGCUUUUCCGUAGAAAACUGAGAGCAGGUGCCAGUUGAAAUUAGACCUCUUACAAUAUUGUACUCAUACUCGUACACAGCUACAUAUACAUAGCAAUGUGUACUCCCCAUGUAUCUCAAUCCUAAUCGUGAGCAGAAUCCAAAUUAGAAUUUGUAUAUGAACGUAAUCGAGAGACUAGAUGUAACCACGACAUAUAAAGCCACAAUGUCAGCCACAUCGUCAUUGUCAACGUUUCAUGCCGAUUACGCUUUCAAAACAUUUGUAUCGAAUAUUAUGAAUUAUGUGUUUGUCCCAGUGUAUUGUGCGGCACACAACACCAAUUGUACUCGAAUAUAUGUGUUGCUCUUUUACCUUUUGUAAAAUAGUUUUACCAAACAGUCCAGUACUCAGCUUGUACUUGUACUAAUGUCCCCGAGCCGUUCAGUUAUUGUUUAAGCCGACUUUUAAGUGUAAUCAUUCGUUUGUAAACUCCUAUUUUGUAAUAAUUUAUUGACACCUCUGUUCUUACCACAACCGAAAACAUAUCACACGCAACUGACAGCAAUAAAACGUUUUUGACACCUUUUGUUAACACUUUAAGACCAAAUAUAUUUUUCUUUUUUUUUUUUGCAUUUUUUGCAUACACGAUAAGUUUGUUUAAGUUGUAAGCCAGCAUAAGGUAUGAGUAUUGGCGAUAUCGCAACAACUAUAACUAAGCCAUCCUUUUUCAUAAUUCAACGUUAUCUCUGGAUUUGUUAGUUUAUCAGCAAAUCAUUCGAAUUCGUCCAUCACAUCUCGCAAUCAGAACAUCUUUAUGUUUCCUUCGUUUUCGUUUUUAAUGAGUAGAUUUUGAUUCAACGCCGAAAUGAAGCGAAGCAAAUGCAACCAAAAUUAAAUGCGACCUAAAUUACAACAAUACAAAGGGAAUAUAUAUGCUUGAACAUCCAUAUAUCCAUAUAUAUAUGAAGACAUUGAACAAAUCGUAGGCAGGAACGUGCGGUGAAAAAAAGACGAAACGAAAACAAUUAUAGCGAGUAUAAAGACGACAAUUAUACCAAAACCAAUUGAAUUAAUUAAACUAUGCUUACAUACACGCAUGUUUAUAUAUAUAUAUAUAGUUAUAUAUAUAAGUUUAACGUAUGUAACAAUUAAUGCAAUUAAAAAAACCAAACGGAAUAAGUAAGAAAGCAACCUAUAACUAACGAAACAAUUAUACUCCAAAAACGAAACUCUACGAAACGUUACAGUUUUCCAUUGUGUAACUAACCAACACAUGAGCGAGGAUCAUUUUGUUUUAACAAGCAAGCAAAAUAUAUAUACAAACACAUAUGAAUAUAUUUA